AUGGGAAUGUGGGAGGAAGCGAGUGACCCAGUGAUGGGGAAGAAGGAUAAAAAUGAGGAGCGGAAGGAGAGAAUCCUGAAUCUCACACUGGAGAUUAUCUAUCUGCUGACUGGAGAGGGCUACGUCAUCCCUAAGAAGAAGAGCCCAACUGUGGGUUUGGGGGCCCUGCAUGCCCCUGGCUCCGUCAUACAGAAGGAAAAUGACAAGAAGAUCCUGGAACUCAUCUCCAACAUCAUCCAGCUGCUGACUGGAGAGGUUGCCAUAAGGUGUGAGGAUGUUUCCAUCUAUUUUUCCUUGGAGGAGUGGGAGUAUAUAAAAGGAAACAAGGCCCUUUACAGGGAAGAGUUAAUGGAGGAGGAGGAGCCCCAGCAGCUCCGCCCACUGGCCUGUGAGUAUAAAGAUGGGAGCGAUGUUACAGCACAUACGGAAGCAACUUUAUGUUGUAAUAAUGAUGGGAAUCUCACAAACCCUGAUAUUUCUCCAACCGAACAGCCCCCACCAGCCAAUGGGAUGAAAGAGGAGGCGGCUUCAUGGGAAGGGGGAAACCAAUCAGAUUGCAGCAUUAAUCCCCUUACAGAACAGAUACAGGGAACAGACAUGCCUACUCCUAUCAUGGAGUGCAGCCUGAAUAACAGCUCGGCAGAUAAUUUUAUAUUAGAUGAUAUAAAAGAGGAGGUGGCUUCAUGGGAAGAAGAAAACCAAUCAGAUUGCAGCAUUAAUCCCCUUACAGAACAGAUACAGGGAACAGACACACCUACUCCUAUCAUGGGGUGCAGCCUGAAUAACAGCUCGGCCGAUAAUUAUGCAUCAAAUGAUAUACAGGGAACAGACACACCUACACCUGGGAAAUACAGCUGCACUGAGUGCCAUAUACAUUUUAGUAAUAAAGAAAACUUUGAUAAACAUCUACGAACCCACACAGGAGGGAAACCAUUUCCUUGUCCUGAAUGCGGGAAACGUCUCUCGCAUCGAUCCAGCCUUGCUCGUCAUCAACAAACCCACACAGGGGCGAAACCAUUUUCUUGUUCUGAAUGUGGGAAAUGUUUUGCCUCUUCAUCAGACCUUUCUGUCCAUCGGAGAACCCACACAGGGGAGAAACCUUAUUCAUGUUCUGAAUGUGGGAAAUGUUUCACACAUGGAUCCGGCCUUACUCGUCAUCACAGAACCCACACAGGGGAGAAACCAUUUUCUUGUUCUGAAUGCGGGAAAUGUUUUAUGACUUCAUCAGAACUUACUGUCCAUCGACGAACCCACGAAGAGAAGAAACCUUUAUUUUGGUCUGAUUGUGGCAAAUGUUUAUCAUACCGAUCUCACGUCAAAGUUCAUGGGAGAGCUCACACAGGGGAGAAAACUUUUACCUGUUCUGAAUGUGAGAAAUGUUUUUCAAACCAAGCACAACUUAGAAUCCAUCAGAGAACCCACACUGGCGAGAAACCUUAUGUUUGUUCUGAGUGUGGGAAACGUUGUUCCACUUUAUCAGAACUUACUGUCCACCGGAGAACCCACACAGGGGAGAAACCUUAUUCUUGUUCUGAGUGUGGGAAAUGUUUUACGCGUAGCCAUAGUCUGAAAAUACACUUUCAGAUUCACACAGGGGGGAAACCAUAAGCAUGUUGUUAAUGUGUAGGGAGGCACCGAAUCCAGGAUUUGGUUCGGUAUUCAGUCAGGAUUCUGCCUUUUUUCGGCAGGGUUUGGAUCCAGCCGAAUCCACGGUCCUGGGGGUUCGGCCAAACCCGAAAAACUGGGUUCGGUGCUUCCCUGAACAUGUUUUUAAGAAAUUGGGCAUCAGGCGAAUGUUUCUUUUCAUUCUAAGAUUCGAUUAAACUAAUUUCCUCAAAUGUCUGACAUUUACAGAAAUAUCUAAAGUGCAGGAAGUGAGAGCUUUUCAAAUUGUCGCCCCGAAACCUUUUUCAAACUGUGGAAAGUUUCGAGAGAAAAGAAAGAUCUUCCAGGAAAGGGAAGAAACGUCUGCCAUUGAUUUCGACGCAAUCUCAGUGAGUUUUAGCCGGUGAAUUGCUGGAUUCAGAUGUUUAACUAGUAAAUUGUCAACUUUUACCGCUGAAAAUCUGAAUCAAGAAAAUAAAAAAGUAAUUGGCCCCUUUAGUGUCCAGCGAUAUGGAACUCACACAGGGGAGAAACCAUUUUAUUGAACAAGAAGGGACAUAUUCCAAGGGGUACGAGCCCCCCAGGAUAUCACUUGGGCAGAUGCUGUUCCCUAAUGCUCACACAGUAGGUAACAUGAUGGGGAUAUACCCAGCUGGGAAUGACUUGUUUGAUUUACGAGAAAUUAGAAGGUGGGAGGGUAAUGGGAUUAAAUAUGUAUAAAUAAAAUUGGGAAAACUCACCAGAAUUCACUCUGCGAAUAAAAGCUGCCGAGGUUCAAUAGAAGCCGACGGGAAUUGUCUCUAACAGCUUCAUUUCUUUAUUUCUUCUUCCGCUUCAUAAAAACAUUGAAAACAAAUGGAACAGCGAGACUCUUAUUACUUUUUUAAUAAGACAUUGAUAUUCUGAGACAAUUUGCAAUUGGUCGUCAAUUUAUUUAUUUUUUGUAUAUUCUUUAUUUUCAGUUUUAUAUGCAGACACUACCUAUCAAAGCCGGAAAACUUUCUACAAUAGGCGUAUUGAACACUUCAUGUGUCAGAGUGAGUCAGGCAAGUUUAGAUUGUUUACAACCAUACAGAAUACAAUAACGAUUUUUGUGUUGUUCUACUU